GAUUAAGAUAUUCAAUCAAACAUGCAUGGCAAAUGUUUGUAUAGAUUAAUAUUUCACUUAGAUUCAGAAUGCUUUAUUUUGUUACAGUUUGAAAGAAAGUAUUUUUAAUUUUUUUUCUUCCAAGUUAUGGUUAUGACAAAUACUUUUACGGACAUCACAGCAGGAGGAUGCAUUAUUGAAGGAAAACCAGGAAAGUUAUUGAGAUGUCCACAAGAUGGUUGUGAUAAAGUUUUUCGAUCGUCUCCUGGUUAUCGCUACCAUUUAAAGUCUCACGCUCUUGAUCCUCGCCCUCACUUAUGUCAGUGUUGUCACAAAAAGUUUAAAAGUGCAAAUGGAUUAAAGUAUCAUUUAAGAAAAGCUCAUCAUAUAGAGCCAGUGUUAUCUAAACAUAAUAUAGAUGCAAAUUUUAGAGAUUCAGAAUCGAUUAGUUCUGAAGAGGAACCGUUUUUGAAUUCAAACGACGCAUGUUCAAGAACCUCAACAGAGAAAACAUAUCCACAAAAACCAAAUAAUUUUAUGUCCAAAAGUCCCAUUGGUUUUCUGUCAUCUAUGAAAAAUUUGCCUGGUGUUCCCAGCCCUUUAAUUAAAAGUCCAUCUGACAAUGUGCUUUGUGCUUCUAGCAAUUCCUCAGGUUCAGGAUUACAAAGUCCUUAUACAAAAAUUGAGCCUUUUUCAGUUUUUGAUAAAAGAUUCCAAGAACAGUGUGUAAGUAAUGACUUUUCCAAAAGAUUUGGAUUAGGAAAUAAUUUUAGACAGUCUGUUAGUCCUGAAUAUUUUUCCAGACCUUCAUUAACAGAGUAUACUCAACAAUGUCAACAAGCAAACAAUGAGUUUCGUCAGCAAUGUCAAAGACUUUCAACAGGUGACAUAGCUUCUGUUGAUUAUUUACAAAAAAAUCCGAGAUUUUAUAAUUGCAUGAAAUUUGAAGGACAACAUAAUGAAGGACUUAAUAAUUUACACAGAGAUUUUCGACGUCAAUCUUCAUAUACUUAUAAUGACAAUGAAAAUAUACAUUAUAACUGUUCAGGAUUGCGUAAUUAUCCUUUAAACAGAUAUAGAGAAUUUGAGCCUUUAGAAGGUAAGGAGUAUCCAGCCAACCUUUCAGUUCAAAGUCCUUCGUGUAUUACUGGUUCAAGAAAAAUGGAUUUUGAACAAUGUGGUUUAAUUGGUUCUGAACCAAUAUUGCAUGUUGACAAUAGUCAUUUUAAAAUGCCUAAUAAUGUUCAAAAUACUGAGCAAAUUGUUCCUGAUAUAAAUGCUCCCAAUCAAGUUUCGCCAAAUAACAAUUUGCCUUGUGAUAGAAAUAAUAAUGCAACUUCUUUAAAUUUAAGAAAAACAUCAGACAGCAGUAAUGAAACUGAAUUUUCUGAUUGUGUUUUUCAAAAUGAAUCCCCUUCUUCUUGUAAUUCAAACAGAUUACCUUCGCUGCAUCCACUACUAGAAAAAAACGAAAAAAUGCUUAACUCUGGAAGUUAUGGAAAAAAAACAGCUAACCCAAAUUCUUCAUUGCCAUUGUUAAAUCGUCGUAUUUCGCGAACAAAAUCAAUUCCGCCACUGUUUAUACAAGCAAAUCCUGAUGAAACAGAGAAAGAAAAGGAUAUUAAACAUGUCAACAACAAGCUUUUACAUUUAGCUGAAAUAGCAACUAGUCCGAGUCCAUUCAAGCAAAGCCCACUCCCUUUGUCGCUUACUCCAAGUAUUUUACCUACUGGAACACCAGAUUGGUCUUUGAAGAGUCCAUUUUCAAAGAUUUUUUUUUCUGAAAAAUCACUUUCAACGCCUAAUUUAUCAAGAUCAGAUGCUUCACGAGUUGAUAGUCUAGUUAACACCGGAAAUUCACUACCAUUGUCUCCUUUCCUUGAUAAUGUGCAAACUCCAUCUUUCUGGCCAACCCAGGUGUGGCCAACACCAGUUUGGCUAUGUUUCUUAAAAGGUUGUAAUGUUAAGUUUGAACUCGAUGAUAAAGAGUUUAUGAAAACUGAAGAUAUUGCUGUAUUUUGCACAACACCUGGAGGGCGUCGACGUGAUGAUAUGAAUUUUUACACGAGUGGCAUGAAAGUUCGAGAAAUCAAAGAGGAAAAGCCUAGUUUUACAUCUGCCAGAGAAAUGGUAGAGCUAACAUUUGAACAAAUAAUUCCUGGACCUCAGCGACUAGUUGCCAAGUGUCCUAUUGACCAUCCCUUUUUUAUAAAACACAAAGGUUGGUCAGCACCGAAUCCUACUGAAGCAAUGGCAAGAUAUGGUUUACCAUUUAAGGCUCUUCAUGUAAAUGAUAUAUGCAUGCCAGCAUCAAGAAUAAAUCAAACUCCUAGCUCUGUUGCAUCACCAGCUGCAGUAUCCUGUAGCUCAAACGGACCUCAAAUUUUCACAUUUAGUCCUCAAGAUACAUCGCGCUUUCACAAAAAGACUGAUAACAAAGUUGAAUUUCCAAAUGAAAUGAAAAUGCCAAUUUCGUCAGCUCAAUCUAAUCGUCUUUAUAAUGCCAUCCAUGAAAAAGUUGCUGCCACGUCUGCUAUGUUGACAAGUCGCUCCCAAGACAUGAUUACUUUAACAUAUUCAAAAUCACCCAACAAACCAUCAUUCUUUCCUCCACGAGACCCACCUCCAACAUCUUGUAAAAACAAUGAAAAUAUUAUAUUAUCUGAAUUUAAUGAUAAACUUGAUAUGACUCAAGAGAGUUUUUCAACUGAAAAUAUGAACACGUGUGAAAGAAAAGCUGUUCUUCAAAAAAAAAGAAGGAGAAAACCUUUUCAAGGCAGUGAACAGAGUAGGAGACCUAUGAAUGGAUUCAUGCUCUUUGGAAAGUCAAUGAGAAUCGAAUUAACCAAACUUUAUCCAGGCAAAGAUAACAGAGCCAUCAGCAAAUUACUUGGAGAGAAAUGGAGAGAGCUUUCUGAAGAAAAGCGUGAAGACUUUUCUCGCCUGGCUAAAGAAAUGGCUGACGAACGAAUGAAACUUAAUCCAAACUGUUGGAAGAGAAAGCAUCGUAAAUAUAAAGACGGCUCUCUAAAAAAUUGUGAUUCUGAUCCAAAGUUACACAAUAUUGAUUGUGGGGACAGCUUUUAAUUUGAAUUCAAACAUCGUUUUCAAGUUUAAUGAUCAUCGAUAUUCAUUUGUGAUAUGGUGGAUAUGUUUUGUACAUAAUGUAGUUGUUGCGUCCAAAAGUUUUCUAUUUUUAUUUCAAGUUUUGUAGUUCAGCAUGUUUCUAAAUGGGGAUUUUUAUUUUUUAGAUUAUUUUUUGAAAAGAUUUUCUAUUUCCCCCUCUUUUAUA